AUGUUCCGCAAGCUCGCAGUCUGCACGGCCGUGCUGGUGGCCGUACUCUCCAACGAAGCGCUGGCCCUGAAGCAGGGCGGCUCCUUCACGCCGGCCACGGGCGGCCAGCAGGACGACUCGUACACCACCACGACGGCGACCAAGGGCCCCGUGGUCACGCAGGCGCCUGCGGCCACCCCCGCCGCGACGAACCCCACGGCCGAGGAGGGCUCGCACGACUCGAUCCCUGCCACUAAGGGCCCCGUCGUGACGCCGGCCCCGACCACGCCUGAGAUCGAGCAGGAGGUGACGCCCGCUCCAACCACGCCUACGGCCGAGGAGGGCUCGAGCUCGACGUACACGCCUACGGCCACUAAGGGCCCCGUGGUGACGCCUGCCCCCACGACGCCUACCGCUGAGGAGGGCUCGCACGAGACGCCGGCCCCGACCACGCCUGAGAUUGAGCAGGAGGUGACGCCCGCUCCGACCACGCCUACGGCCGAGGAGGGCUCGGGCUCGACGUACACCCCGUCGGCCACCAAGGGCCCCGUGGUAACGCCGGCCCCGACCACGCCUACCGCUGAGGAGGGCUCUAGCUCGUCGUACACCCCUUCGGUCCCGGUCACCGAGGCUCCUGUCUCGACACCGGCUGCCACGACCCCCACCGUCGAGCAGGGCGACCACACAUCUGACUGCAACCCCAACUUCCCCUCGGAGGAGACGAACGCACCCGCCGCCACCACUUCGACGCCCGAAGCGACUCCGGCUGCUACCACGUCGACCGACGUGGAAACCUCCGCUUCGAAGGAGAGCUCGGCCUCGAUGUCGCAGGAGACCCCUGCCAUCACCCCCGCUGCUACCACCCCUACGGAUGAGGAGGGCUCUGCUUCGAAGACUAACUCCGCCUCGAAGGCGACGGAGGCCCCUGCUCCCACCCCCGCUCCCACUACGUCGACGGACGUCGAGAGCUCUUCGUCCAAGGGCGAGUCCUCCUCGACCAAGCAGUCCUCGGGCAGCGACAACAUUGACCAGACCGCCCAGCAGGCCAACACCAAGUCGGGCGACAGCAACACCGGCGGCGGCCUCUCUACCUCGGUCGGCGUGAUCGCCGUGGCCGCCGUUGUGGCCGUGGCCGCGGUCGGUGUCGCUGCCUCGCACAUCAAGAAGUCCCGCGAGGCCGACGCCGCUCUGUCGACCCCUGGCGACAACGACAACAACAUCCACAUUGAGAUCAAGCGCACGCCCGCGGGCGGCAGCACGAUCCUGUAA